AAUUACGUCAAAGGUCACACGAAAUAUUUUUUAUAACUAACUCGUUUGAAAGUUUUCAAUCGCAGAUGGCAUGGACUCUGGACAAAUUUCAGGUGAAAAGAAGAAAAGUCCUCCUAUCAAAGUUCUUUCCUGCCAACUCCGAGAGGGAAAAGAUAGCCGAUUGAAUGGCAAGCUCGAAUUUAAUAUAAAAAGACUGGGACAAUGGAAAAACACUGCACUUGUAGUCUCUGUGGUUUGGAUGCAAGGGACAAUACUGGAAGUUCGGUCGGAUCACAACACGGUGCUUCUUUUGGACGAGACAGGAACAUUCGUUGUCAAUGGCGUCAACAACAUUCCUAAGGGCAACCCAUGCCUACUUCAGGGUAACUAUGUCAUGGUGAUGGGGAUGAUCCAGGCUCUCUCUCCAGAACCUGUCCUGCGCGCGGUAAAGAUGGCAGACCUCUCUGAACGUGCUGCGAUUCACAGAAAAAUGUGGAAGUUGGAGGUGGAAGACCUUCAGCAAACGCUCACGUAGAAAGAAGCAUAAGCAGUAUGUUGAUAUCAAUGCCUGUUUGUUUUAAUUUAUUUUUAGCAAAAUGUAAAUAUUGCUACUGGUUUUGAGUGGUUUCUGGCCUGCCUGAUAUUUCAUUCCCAAAGGUAAUGGAUCAUAGCCUAGAAGUACGUGCCCAUCACGUUUAUAAUAGAAAGGCUAUAAUAUAUGCAUAUAAUGCACUAACACUGUUUAUGAUAGGCUAUAAUUAAGCAAUAAGGCACGAGGGGGUGUGGUAUAUGGCCAAUAUACCAUGGCUAAUAGCUGUUUUGUCAUACGCUUAGUAUACUGUCAGCCAAUCAGCAUUCAGUGCUCGAACCACCCAGUUUAUAAUAUAUGCAUAUAAUACACUAAACAUGUCAGAACUGCUGGAGGAGGGUUAUGAUGGGAAAAAAGCUAGUCCGGGCAAGAAAGCACAAACUCAAACAAAAGACAAAGAAUUUAAAUUAAAGAAUGAACUAUGAUCUCA